AUACACAAUACAUGUGAUUCUCACAACAGGAGAACUGUGCCAUAUGGACUGUCUAACUACAGAGGCAGCUUCAGAGGCAAAAGGUCUACAGGCCAGACUCAAAGUACUUCCCAGUCCUCAUUCCGAUGUUCCUGUUCGGAUGCUCAUGACAAGCAGUGUUUGCAGUUUUGCAGAAGAAUGCAGGACAGAAGAAGCUUUACCAUUUAUUUGCUGGAGCUCAGAAACAAGAACCUAAACUACAACUCUCCCUUGAGAUGGACAAACUUGAUGCUUCAGUGUGAUGCCAGUGGAGAAUUCAGCAGUAGGCAACACUUCAAUUUCAGCAGGGCCACUCUGAGGGCAUGGGAACCUGUAUGAAGAAGCUUUUCUCCCCUCGAGAGAGCCUCAGAAAAGGAUAACCUUUAUCAUGUAACCUGGCAGGGAAUGUAUCACUAUUGUGGAAGACUUCAAAGGCAGACCCAAACUUCAGCAAUGCAAAGCUUCAGGAAACAAUUUUCUCUGUGAUUUAAACAAGUACAAUAGAAACUGUUCCACUCACUGCUUGCUCUGUGUCUGAAGAAUCCAUCCACAGCUCUGUGCAGGCAGCUGCAAGUGGAGAAUGUGGAGAGUUAGAGGGAGAUUGCCUCUACAUGAGUUCUCAUUAAGAAUAAACAGAUACAAAAUAUUCCUCUUGUUAAUGUAUGCAAGCCUGAAUCAUCAUAUUGUAACUUUGUGGCAGAUGUUUAAAUGACAGUAUCUAUGCAGAAUAAAUAUGAAUGGCUAAUAUAAAUACUAUUAUAAACUAUAGCAAGCUAUGACUAUACAUUGAGUAUGCAAUAGAUUACCUAAUUUAGACACAAAUUAUUCCUGCGCUUGGAAAGUUCAAACAUACAGUGAUUAUUUGGGGAUGCACUGUAGUUGGUGAACAGAACUUCAGUGAUUCAUCCCAAAGAAUUUUCCUACAGAUGCAAGGGUAGGACUGUGGAACUUGAUGCCAUCAGAGUAAUUUCUGUGCUGGCCAUUUGCUGUCCCAAGCCCCUACAAGCCACAGCCACAGCACAUCCCCCAGGCUUUGCAGAUCCCACCUUUUUAUCUCAAUUGAAACACCAGCACCAAAUAACCUGGAAACUUUAAUAAGGAUUAAAUCCAACCCUGGACAUUUUUCAGUGUAAAUGAUUUAUGCAGAAAUUAUGGACUUCUUUUUGCUACAAGGAUGCAAGAGUCAGCAAAGGAGAAAGAGUAACCUUUGCAAAUCAUGUUCUAUAUUAUUUAAAAAGAGAGGAAGUCCCUUACUUGUGACAUUACAAAUUUUUUGGGGGGUUGACUGACCUUCAGGCAGACUUUCCCCAGGGCACAUAGGUUAAACUAUAACCCCAUCUUGUUAAAUUAUAUUUUAUAAAAAGAUAGAGACCAAAAGAAAAGUGAAAAGAAAUCAACAGUAAAAAUGUCUAUAUAGGGCUUAAACCAGUGGUAAUAGUUUUUGUUUGAAACAAGAAAGGGAGGUCUUUGCCAAAACAUAUGAUAUAUUUUAUAUAUAUGUGGAUAUAUUUCAUAAAUAAAUUAUUACAGUUAUAAAAUUAAAUAUAUCUUUCAGUUAUUGCAUUUGUAUCAGUUUCUUACUUGCUGUAUAACUGAUUUUGUACAUUUAUAGAAAAUAGAUUAUUUAUUGUAUAAAACCACUACAAAUGCCAUUUUUCCAUAUUCUUUUUUAAAAGACAUUGUAUAGUUUUGGGUUUUUUUAAAAAGAAUCAGGAUUUGUUGUGAAGAAUGCUUAAUGUUCCUAAUGUUCCUUUAUGACCAAAACCUGGAAAUUUCUCCCCUCUCCAGUCCCUAUACCCAGAUCACACAACAACUUCCUGCCUUCAAGAGGUUGAUGAUUCUCCUGACAGUCUGGGAAUUGAGUAGGAAAACAGGAUAACAAUUUCUGUGGUAAUAAUUAAGCAUAAAAAGUGACAUUUCAAUUUUGUGUGCCUUUUGCUGUAAAUGUAACCCUCAUCUGUCCCCUAAUCCUGGGACAACAAGGCAAAAGUUAUUUGUCAUGAGAGUUCUUUUUGUGGACAAUAUCCACUGAGUUCAGCUCCAGUCCCAAACACAUCCCAGUGCUGAACAAGCUUCCAGAGCCUCAGUGGGUACAGAUCAGCUUUUACACGAGCUGCUCAGCCUGUGUUUGGAAUUCUCUUGUCUUCCCCCAUGUGAAUUCAAUUUGAAUGUUGCAUUUAAAGAUAGAUUCACACCUUCCCCAGUCCCAAAUGCUUUAAUUUCAUUUUAAACAAUCACAAAAAAAAGAAAAAAAAGAAAAAUCAAACUGGGUUCUUUCUGUGACAUGGAGACAGAUGUAGCCCUUGAGUGGUGGACUUAUUGUUGUGUUCUCUCCUUAGGAAAGAGAAAUCCCAUUUUUUUCUACACAAAUUCCACAUUCAAGUGGUUUGGUUUUGGGACUCUGGUGCCAAUGUACCAGACAAUGUAAAAAUCAGUCCAUUGUGAAUAGACCAAAAGAACAAAAAUGAGAAAUAAUGUUGUAACAAGUUCAGAAGAGGGAAAAGUUAACUGUAAGUAUUUCCAAAUAAACCUAUAAACCACAGAAUUUACCUGAAA